AUGCUCGUUCCCUUCUCGGGCCUGUCUAUCUGUCUCAUCCAUCCUUCUGAGAGCGUCAUCAUUCCUCAUCACUCAAUCACCCUUUCCUUUGUCACCCCCUCUCCACUCUCCCAUCAGCACUUCUCUGUCCAACCCUACCAAGACGACUGGGCUGUCUGUGACGUUGGCCUCGACGUGCCUGGACGGGACAACCUCGGGUGCGCUAAGCAGUACUGUACAGCAGAUCGUGAGCCCGCUUCAGCCGGCCCUUGUCCUGGUCAAUUCUGUGAGGGCUUCCAUCUGAAUGGCAGAAGACAGAGAAAGGAGCGGAGCAUUGAGCGCAAUGAGGGUCGUUGGUCGAGAAAGUAUGCUCUCCACCAUCAUGGUGAGGCUAUCUCCAACCGCGACAUCGGCCAUGACAUAACAGCGCUCUUUUCUUUUGGCGGUAUCUCUCAUCCCUGCGUGUGCCAUGCCUGCAGUCUGCACGCAACUUGA